AUGGGGAAGGAUGGUCCGGCUCUCUACUCCCAGCAGCACCAGGCAGGUGCUGGGCGACCUGGGGUGGCUGAGAGGUCAAGAUUCGCAGCUGUCACGGUGACCCUGGACCUUGAGAAGGAGUGUGUUGGCAGGAGGGAGCAAGAACCAUGGGCACGGACCCUGGGCCCCCAGGCACCCCUGGGAGCAGGGCGCUCACCUGGAGACCCGGGAAUAGACACGCUGGGUGCCUGCGAGAACCGGAGGGGAGGGGACGGCAUCGUGCUGCUCAGGAGCUGGGACACUUCAGGACGCAGGCUGGGAGAAUGUGCCAACCCCAGCUGGUCUGGGGAGCUGCAGAGGCAGAGAAUUGGGACGUUCCUGACAGCCUACACGACUGUGGCUGACCUGGGCCUGGGGCACGCCUGGGCUCCGUCCCAGGACCAGGAGACGGAUGGGGACGGGCUUCCUCUCACGGGGUUAGGCAUAGACCUGACUAAGGUGCCAGCUAUUCCACAGAGAAGAACGGUGGCAUUUCUAAACCAAUUUGUGGUGCACACUGUACAGUUCCUCAACCCCUUUUCUACAGUUUCUGAGGAGAAACUGGCAGACCUUUCUCUUCGUAUCCAGCAAAUUGAAACAACUCUCAAUAUUUUAGAUGCAAAGUUGUCAUCUAUCCCAGGGCUAGACGAUGUCAUAUUUGAAGUAUCUCCUAUAAGUGUCACUAGGAUCACAAAUGAAACACAUUCUGAAACCACUUCAGAGCAAUCACAGAACAGUUUACAAGACUCUGGACCACGGGAAAGUGAAGUAACACCAGAAAAUAUCUUAACUGUAGCCAAGGACAUAAGAUAUGCCAGAUAUCUCAAAAUGGCUCAAGUGGGUGUUCCAGUGAUGGCAAUAAGAAACAUAAUGAUAUCGGAAGGACUAGACCCAGAUCUUCCUGAGAGGCAAAUGAAAUGUGGGGCUUCCCUGGUGGCGCAGUGGUUGAGAGUCCCCCUGCUGAUGCAGGGGACGCGGGUUCGUGCCCCGGUCCGGGAAGAUCCCACGUGCCGC